AUGUCCGUCGACACAGCCAACCCCACCUCUCCGAUGAUGGAGACUCAUGAGCAGAUAUUCGCGCAAGACCCCGACUUUUGGAAGAACUACCGCCGAGGCCGCCCGCAAGUGCCGUACAGCUUUUUUCAACGCAUUUACAACUACCAUCAGGGGCACAGCGGUCGUUUCGAGACGGUGCACGACGCCGGUGCCGGCAACGGGGUCUACUCGAAGGAGCUCAGGUCCAAGUUCCAUCACGUCAUUGUCUCGGACGUAGUGGCGGAAAAUGUCCGCCAAGCCGAAGAGCGACUCGGCACCGAGGGAUAUAGCUUCCGGGUGGGCAAGAUGGAGGAACUCGAUGAGAUUCCCGCCGCAUCCGUGGACAUGGUCUUUGUGAUGAACGCCAUGCAUUGGGCGGACGACCAGACGCGGGCCAUGCGCGCCAUCGCGGCACAGUUGCGGCCGGGAGGCACCUUUGCCUGCGCCGGUUUCGGGCCAGCCCGGUUCCGCGAUGCCCGGGUGCAGGACGUGUGGGAACGGAUCAGCCAACAGGGCGGCCGGCUACUGCUGCAGACUGCGAACCAGCCGGUCGACACGAUCAACGUCAUGGUCCGGAGCCAGGAUCACUACAACGUGGCGCCCUUGGACGAGCGACUGUUUCGCCAGAGGGCGCUGCGGAUCUACUUGAACCAGGAGACCGGCGGAUUGACUGGACUGCUGCCGCCGGAGCGACGGGGCGAAGUAACGGAGCCGGAUCACGAGGGGCCCCAUGACCAGAUCACCUUUGAGCACGACGACGAGUGGCGCUUUGACAUGGACCUGGACGGAUUCAAGGAGCACUUCCGCACGUUUCCGCAUGCCUUCCGGGACCCGGAGGCGUUUACUUCGCUUUGGCAGGAGAUCGAAGAACUGGUUCGUCAGGGAAGUCGUCUCGAUGGAGCCUGGCCGGUGACCUUGAUUCUGGCGACCCGGACGAACGCUUGA